UCGUGCCCGGUCGCUGAUCACCUCCACCGGGCAGGCCGCUGGGCUCCGCCGUCCUCAAACUUAAGUUACUAACUUCCCCGUUGGCGGCGGAGCCAGCGCCGUCCCGCUCCCGUUCCUGGCAGGGACGAGCCGGUGCCCCGGCAGGGAGAGGUCUGGUCAGUGCUGCUGAAGUGAUCCUGUCACCCUCUUCUUAAUGUGAUCUUGGCAACCAAGAGCUUGUUUUCACUAUGGGAAGAGAACCAGGUGGUAUGCAUUGGUUGCAGCAGAAAAUGCAGAUGAUGGUUCUUCUUCCUGGUUGGAUUUUUUCAGUUCAGCUGAAUGUGUAAUUACAGCUAUGGCAACAAGAGUAGAAAUAAAUUCUACUUUGGCAUCUUUGAAGACAGUACCUGACUUAAAUGAACUCAGAAGUGGGGAGAAAUCCCAGCGUGUGUAUGUCAGUGUGCUCUCGGAUGCGGGUGCCAAGGCAAAGGAGGCUUCAGCAUCACUAACUCUUGAAGAGAAGAACAAGUUUGGGGGUGCCCUGAGAUCUGCAACGAUGCCGUCGCUGGGGCCAAGGCCAAGACUUUUCCCGAAGCCUUUUUCUAAGGAGAAGUCUUCAGAUACUUUUGCAAAUGUAAAGCCUGCUAUUCCAGCUUUCAGGUCAAGUAGCCUUAUCAGAAGGACCGCUGAAGAAACGUCACCAGUUAAGGUGUUCGGUGGAAAUGUUCCUCCCUUGGUGGAUCAGAAGGUAAUAGAACAUGAAAACAAGGCUGGCAGUGAAGUGGUCACAAACAUGACUUUCUACACGGGUCCCAGUGCAAACACAGUCAUUCUGUUUGAGGCAGCAGGCACGGAGCAAGCCAAGGUGAGCCUGGCCCAGGAGAAACGGGCUGCUGAGGACUGCAGGGUGGUCAGUACACUGCCAACAAAAGAGCUGCAGUGCAAUGCCAAGGGGGAGAAACCAUCCCAGCCAUCUGAAACAUCCAGGAACCCUGAGGGAUCCCUGCACAGGCAGGUAUCACUUUCCUCCAGUCUGAGACCAGUCUCUUGGAACUCCCUUAAAAGUGGUGAAAAAAAAGAUGCUUAUGAAGGUCAUCUGGGGGAGAAAAGCAAUGAUGAUGCAAAUAACGUCAGCAGUAAAGUUGAUUUCUCUAGUGAUGUGCAGCAGAGGCCAAAACACAGACCCGUGUCUGCUAUUUUUCUGGAAUCAUUACGAGAUCAAAAGCGUUGCCCUGUGGAAGCUUCUGAGGAAACGUCUCCUACAGAGAAAUCCUGGGUUAGAAAACCAAGGCCUUUGUCCAUGGACCUGACAGCUAAGUUUGAAAAUAAAGAUCUUUCUGCUUGCAAGAAGAGCGGUUCAUCUUACGAAAGCGAAGAGAAUGUGUUGAUGAUUCCUGUUCCUGAUGUGGGCUGCCAUGAUCAGCCUGGAGUGGGGCCCAAAACUGAAGAAACUGAAUUUAAUAAAGGCAGUUCUUCUAAACCAAGUCUGCAGUGCAGCACCCAGGACAUUGGCAUCCUCAGCAACGGCAAAUACGUGUGGGAACCAAAGCUUAAAUCUAAAAGUGAACAGACUGAGACACAACCAGAACUAAUGGCCAACUUGCAGAGGCCUGAAAGGAGCCAUGAAGGCACCAGUGGAAGCAGAGCCGAUAAGGGGGGGAAGAGAGCGGCUCCGAAGGAAACGGGUCCGUUCCUGGGCUGUGCCAGCCCCGCAGCUUCCUCAGGAAAGGAGAGCAGUAUUGCCAGGGGCAGUGUGAGAAAACACAUCAGUCUGUUUACCUCAGAAAAUCCCAGCACCUCGGUGGACACUGAGCUCGGGCAGUCGGCUGCCGAGAGGGAAAGCAGGUGUGUGAGCAUCCAGCAGAGAAUCAAGGAGCUGACAGCAGAAGCCACGGAUGUGAAGCCAGGAAAUCUACGCAGGUCACUCCAGUCACGACCACGUUCUGCAGACUUCACAAAGAUGUUUGCAAGCCUGACAUCAGCCAGUGAAGCAAAGCCUGAGCAACCUGCUGGAGCUGGGAACGACUCUAGCAAUGAAGUGCAAGAAAACCAAAAAAGCAAGGAGGUGAAGCCUGCACAAGGCACGGAUCCCUCUGAAGCCCAAGCUCUUGGCAGCUCUUGGAAACCCCGGCAGGUCUUAAAAAUAACACAUAAACCUGAUCAGGUGGAGGGAAAGGGAAGCUUCCUGGGAGAUGGGCAGCACUUUUCCCAGCCAACUGAAAAUUCCGUCUCGUUCACAAGUAGCUUGGAAAAAAAAUUAAAACCAAUCACACCUGUGGAAAAAACCUGCAUUAAAACUGUCCGAGCCACCAUGUUUGAGCACAAUGUCCAGAGGCACAACAUUGCUGCUGAUCAUCCUGGGGCUGAUUCUGCACUGAAGAUGAGUAACGAGCUGGAGGCAAAGGCUGAGGUGGGGACCCUGGGGCUCAACAGGAGAUCGUGGAUGGGAGAAGUGGCAGAAACCCCUGGUGUAAAGAAGGAGUACCAGAAGCAGCCUGAUGCAUCAAAACAUGCAGCAGAUGUGGAAAAAAGUGGAAAACCAGCUUGUUCAAGUGAAGAUAAGAAAAUGACUCCGGGAAUUCUCUGUGAAAAGCCUGUGGUUGAGAAGAGUGAAACCCCCACUCCUCACAGUGCAGAGGACUCUGUGACUUACCAGAGAAUAGAGCCGAGAUACGAAAUCUUCCAGACAUGUGGUGAAAGAGCUCUGAGUGAGGCCAUUACCAUGGCUCCUGAAAAGAAGGCCAUGACACUCAGAACCAGAAAAUCCUCUGUGAAAGAGGGUAAAAACAAGGAGGGUGUCUCAGAGGCUGGUCAGUUGGCUUGGACAGACAGUAAAACUCUCUACUUGAAAGAUGAUAACAUUAUUUCAGAAGCUAGAGACACAAAAGGUUUUACCAGCAAGUCUGUGUUGAAAGAACCUGCUGAUACUUUCUCCAGUGAAUGCACUUCACCUGAACAGAAAAAGCACUCUGAUAAAACUGAAACCGAUCCGAUAGUCAUAGCUGAGAAAAUAGCUUAUUCUGCAAACAGAAGUAAAUAUUUGGGAAUGAACGAAAAAGUGAACAAGCUACAUUCUGAAAUUAAAAAUGAUAAGAGUGAAAGCUCUUCCACGGAUAAAACAGAGAGGUCUAGUGUGACAAAAAGCUCUCCUGAGAAAAGGAGUUUUAGAUCAGGUGGGACAGAAAGCUAUGAAUUCAGAGCCAACUUUGAUCGUGAAGUUAUUUCAACAAGUGUAAAUAAACAUGGGGUCCAGUCAUCUUCAGGGUUUUCAAGUGAGCAAUUUUGCAGAUCUUCCAGUAGCCACCACCCUGAUACAAAAGUCCUAACCAUUAAUAAAGAGGAGUCAAGGGCCUUUAGCUUAAGAAAAAGUCUAGACUUAAAUUGCAAAGGGCAGGACUUCAGCUUAGAUGGCACAGCUCUUGAAAACAGGGAAAAAAUCAGAGUAACAGAUCUGGAAGAAAAAAUCAGGAGAAGCAAAAGUAACGUUUCUGACUUGAAGAUUUCUGAGAGGUGGAGGAGGAGAACCUUGCCUCAGGAUUCUGUCAAGACAGAAGAAGUCGUCUGGCUGACUCCUGAUAAUAUCAAAAGGCUGAGUCGGAUGGAUUCAUUGCAGUUGGAUGAAGGUUCAGUUAAAAAGAGAAGCAAAAACAAAGAAGGGCUGGAAGGGAGUGAGGGAAACCAAACUGUUCUUGGCAGUCCUGAUGGUUACUUGAAAAAUCAGAGCUCUGCCUUUGAGCCAAAGGCAACUUAUUUUGCAGUGACUUAUCAGAUUCCUGGUAACAAGAAAGAGAAAAGCUUUGUUGGUUCUCCUAGUGCAAGUGAAACUAACACCAUUUCUAGCUCAAGUGAGGCAGCAACAAAUCAUCUGGACCCUGAUUUUCCUGAAAGUUCCAAACCUUUCUUGCAGCAGCCAAAUAAAAGUGUGACGAGUACAAAUUGUAGAGAGGACUCACGAGAAGUGCAUAUUAGCAAGGAUUGGAUCAAAGAAGAAAACAAAGAGGAUGUUUUUUCCAAAACCAUGGGAUUUAGUAAUUUUCAUGUAUCUAGGAAAGGGAAAGAUAACCAACAGUAUCAUGAAAGAGGUCUGGAUCAUUCUAAAGAGAAAAUUAUAGAUGUUGAUGCUCUCCUGUUAAAACAGGAUCUGGACAAUGCAGCUCAAAGUGAUCUCAGAAGUAGCAGAAGAAAAGCCUCCUUUUACCAUGAACCCAGAUCCCCCCUGUGUUCUGCCCACCUGCGUGGAGACAGUGAGCUGAUCCCCCAGAAAAGGAGUGAAAAAAAAUCUGAUUUCACUUCUGGAAAGAAGGCUGAGGAUGGUUACAGAUCCCAAAUUCUAGAUAUCGAUGCCCUUAUGGCAGAGUACAAAGAAGAAUCAGUGAAGGCCAGUAGCAUUCAGGACAAGCUGUCUGAAGAUCACAGCUUAUUUAGUAGGGAGAAAUCAAAGAACAAAAGAAAUGUGUCAGAUAUGACAACUUCUUCCUUUAGCUGGAAAGAGUGGAAGGGAUCAGAUCCCUGCUCUGUUAAAAACAAACAAGGUGACCAUGCAGAAGAGUAUCACAGAGCAGAGAAAUCAGUUCUAGCUGAAAAGAGCAAAGAGAAAGUGGAAUCCUGUGGUGCUGAGUUUGAUAAACAAAAGUCCAAAGGCAGAAAGUUCAGCCCUCCAUCCUGGGGAAAUCCUAGCAGCUUUUUUCUGGAGAAGUCUGUAAAUUCACCCAUGGAUUCCUCUAGAAAGAAAACUUUCAUCGUUGAUGAGGAUGAAGAAGUGAACUUCACUUCCAAGAACCAAAGUUCAAAAAUUGUAAUUGAGAAGGUGCAGCCUAUAACUGCAGUUGGUGUAGACCAAAAGUUGGAAAUCAACUUUGCUUCCAAGUUGUCCAAGGUGGAUGAUAGCCUGUUACAGAAGAAGUUGGUCACAAAAGAACAGUUCUUGGAGGUGUCUCCAGAGAGUGAUUGGAGCAGAAAUGUGGCAAGGAGCUCUAUAACAGGGAACAAAGAUACUGUGAACAAGGUGACCUGUGUGACUGACUCCUCUAGUGUGAAGAGUAGAACUGAUUGGAAGACCUACACAUCAGGCUUAGGAAGUGCUGCCCCGGAUUUGAGACGAUGCUACUCAGAAAAGAGCCGCCCAGGGAAGGACAAUUUCCCCCUUGCACAAGAAGCCUGGGGCAAGAAGGAGCCAUGCAGAUCCAGGCAGAGCUUCCCCUUGGAAACUGCUGAUAACGGCUGGAAACACAAGGUGGCAUCUCGGUCAGAAUCUUUCUUCCACGAGGAUAAAAAGGCUUUUAGGAAAGAGUGGCCCAGGCCAAGUUCAGACAGAGCAGAGGGAGCAGAGCUGCCCCGGGUCUCUGCCCAGAGGAGCUGGCACAGUUUCCAUAAGGACCAAAGGACAGAACACGGGCUGGACCAGCUGAAGCAGUGCUUCUCCAGGCAGCCCCCGGACGCCAAGGACACCGACACGCUGGUGCGGGAGCCCGACAACCAGUACGGCACCUGGAGCCAGCAGCGGCACAGCGGGGACAGCUUUGUGCCCGAAUCCCCUUCCUCGGAGAACGAUGCCAUUUCAACAAGAAAGCAGCCCCCAAACAGCCACCCGUCCUCCCUGUCCUCUCAAACCGAACCUGCCUCCCUGGCUGAUCACCAUGACUUCUCCAAAGACCAAAGGAGCACAAGUUUGGACCGUUCCAGCACUGACAUGGACUCUACUGAUGGGACUGAUUUACCUCCCCCAGGAGACUCAUACCCUGACAAAAAGGCCACUGAUUUCUCCUUCAUUGAUCACACGGCUGUUCUGGACUCCAGCGCGCUGAAGACUCGAGUGCAGCUCAGCAAGAAGAGGCGCCGUCGGGCCCCGGUUUCCCACUCGCUCCGGAGAAGCAGAGGGCUGGAGUUUGAAAACAGGUUUUCUUUGACUGAAGAGCCAGAUAAUACCUGGAUGUUUAAAGAUUCCACAGAGGAGAAGAAAACUAUGCAACAGGAAGAUUCUGAUGAGGAAGGAAAGACACAGCAUACUGUGAGGUCACCUGCUGCCCAAGCUCAGAGGCUGCCUGUGUUCCCAGGAAUGGACCACUCUGUUCUCAAGGCCCAACUGCGGAAAAGACAGGAGUCUGAGAGUGCUGGUGAUGCAGGUUCUGCUCAGCUGUUCAAAUCCCCAAAACCUCAACUGCAGCUCGGAACUGCUGGCAGCAGAGUGCUGCCCUCCAGCGUGGAGAAGGAGGAAAGGUCAGAAGAAAAGUCUCCUCAGUGGCUGAAGGAGCUGAAGUCAAAGAAGAGACAGAGCCAUUACGAGAAUCAGCUUUGAAAAGAUAGUGAUUCUAACUAGAAGAAGAGAGAGAAGUUUAACAGAAGCCUUAACUCAUCUGAACCUACAAUUUACAUGUCAUGUUGCUGCUGUUCGCUUCCUGCCUCAACUGCUCUGUGCAUGGUGCCUUCCUGUUGUGUGGAGAAAGCUGCUUAACAUUCAUAGUCAAAUACAAAGCUGGAUCUUCUCAGCUGUGGGAGGACAGUCACUUUAGACCUACCCUGAAGAGGAACCACUGGUUUGUAGUGAGCACUUCAGAAAGCCUGGGAAGUUUGUGAGGUCUGACCUAGUGCUGAGCACCAGGGAUGUCCCCUCGAGCUGAGCAGAGACUGCAUUUCUGCAGGGGUGUUCAGCAGCUCCCCAGCAGGACUUGUGGUAGACAGGCCAGGUGUAGGGCUGGGCUUUGUGUUUGGUUAUGAAAAUAACAAUUUUAAUCAAAGUUAUCUUUUUUUUUUUUUCUUUCUUUUUGGUGAAAAAAUAGUGAGCUCCUUAUUUAGAAUGAAGUUUGUGGAAGGUGAGAGUGGAAGAACAAAUGAUGUUUACUGCCAUACUGAAAAGGAAACUUGAUUAUUUUUUGUAAAAUGUAUUUUUGAUUGGCUUAUAUUUACAUGUGAUCUGCUGUGACCUAGCAGAUGAGUAUAAUUUUUAGAUGAACAAAAUGUUAACUUUUGUCACUCUUGAAAUGGUAUAUUCUGUGUUUUGUCAGCAUGUGGAAUAAUUGCUUCAUUGGAAUGUCUUUCCUAAAAAGGAUCAAGCAAUAAUGUCAACCAGUUCUCUUUAAAAAAAAAAUAAAUUAAUUGUAAAUACUGUUUUUAUAACAAAAAAGGAAGGGAAGAGGGAGGAUGUUACACUCAUAUCAGGGUUCCAGUUAAUUGUUGAAUGUCACUUUAAUAGCAGUUUGGAUAGUCCCACUUCAUAUUUUUAUUCAUUAAUCUGUAAAUACCAGGUUUAAGUUUUUAUUUUUAUGCUGAUUUUGUGGUAUAACCUAAAUGUGAUCUUCAGUUCCUCAGAUGAUUUUACUUUUCUUCCUUUGGUAAGAUGGCUGUUCCAGCAGGGGGGUAGUUCUCUCAUGCAUAACAUGGGUGUUAUGAACAUCACUGAUAUCUCUCUUACCUUUAUAUCUUUGAAUACAGAUUCUGAAAUCAACCGAGAUGCCCAUCUGAGACAGACUUUUUUCUUUCCCAAAUAAGUGCUCUUUUCAGGAAACCUUUAAAUAUGUAGCCCAACAAGGGGGGUUAUUGUCACCUCAGCAUUCCUCUUGACGCAGAAAGCAGCACCCUGGGAGUCUGAAGUUGCCCUCCUCCUGGUGUGGGACAGUGCUGAUGGCACAGUGUGCCAGGGCUGGGGCUGCUCCUCACGUCCAGCUUACGUGCUUCUCUAGAUACUGAAGCACCAGCACUUGAACUCAUUUUCCUCUUCUUUUCACGAUCAGUGUUUCGGAAGGCUUGAUUUCCGUGGGGGUACUGCACUGGUGCAUCUGCUCGCAGCAGUGGCAUGCCUGGUCUGCUGUCUAUCAAGCUCAUAGCUGCCAAAACCAUGUGCCAAUUCUUCUCCUGGAGGAGUCACAGAUGAGGUGAUUUUUAGUCCCAGUCUGCUCGCAGGAAGUCACAGCAGGGUGUCAGGAGACAGGUCCCAUAUGCGCAUCUCUCUCUCCCAGAUUUAGUUCUGACAGCAGCUCCUGUACUCAGUGGAGAUGAAUUGAGUAACUUUCUCUUCUGUAAAAAACCUUCACUUGGUGCUUGGCCCCAUUUCACAUCAGAGCUGUUGCUGCCAUUAGUUUUGCAGCCCCUUCUGCUACCACUGAAGUCAUGAUCACCCAAGGUUUCUCCCAAGCCUUUCCUUCUCUGCAGCUUUUCCGCCCAGGCGCUGGGAGAUGUGCUGGUGCUGGGGGCUCAGCACCUCCUCGGAGCUCACUGAAAAACACUGCACACGUUUUCUUCUUCCCUUUUCGUUCAAUGAUGGUGGAAAAGGCAGUUCUUUAAGAUAAGCUUCGUAGAUGUGUCUUCUGGGCUGGGUUUUUGUGGCAGGUGUACCGGAUGCUGUAGGUCCUGGCCAGCCCUGAGCAGCAUCGGGGCUGCCAGAGGGGAAGGAGGAUCCUUUCCAGGACCCAGAUGGAGUAGGGCUUUAAACAGUCUCUAGAAAUCAGGUAAAUUCCCCCUUCUUAGGAGGAUACUUACCCAAGCUUGAUUUCUGAAUUCAGCAGGUGGACAGUGUUGUGUUACCAACAGCUGGAGGAUGUUCUGGUUCUUGGUCUAAUAAGCAGAGGCCAGAAAUGCUGUAGCUGCAGUGUUUGCUGUCUGAGGAAACUGAGGGGAUUAAUACUGGGUUUCCACAAAGCCCAUUGAAUGUGUAUGCAUUUCCACAUCUGCUUGGACAAUGCACUGAGACUUACUGUAUUUAGUAGUUUAACCUACUACUGAGAAAUGUUUAAUGCUUAAAUAUCUAAUUAAAAAGCAUCUUUAGAAUGUUUUUGAAUGGGAAAGUGUUUUUUCUGCUCUAUCAUUUCUUUAAUACUGUACAUGGAUGAAAUACCUAUUUCCCUCUCUUCAGGUUAUCACCAUGUAAUAAAAGAUCUAUAAAUAUGUUAUCACUUCUUAAAUGACAGACCACACUGUAAUACACUUUAUACAAUUCUAUUUUAAUUUCAAA